AUGCCUACGAAGCUCCGACGUGGUAUUCGGAUGUCUAUUCCGCUGUAUGCAACGUUGAUUGCUGGUUUUGGUGUUACUUCUUCAUGGGCUGUAUGUAUUAACACGCUGUGCAUGUGUGGAAAACCGAGAUUGGAAAUCAAGAUGGCUGUUUGGCUAGAAUGGGAUGGGAUCUUCAAUGAGAUAGACGCUGAACGAGCUAUCCUGUAA